GGUCGUCGAAGUAACUACUCCGUAGAAGUUCCCAGAGUUGAAGGAGCCGGGGCUGACUAAGGACGUUGUUGAUGCAACCUCGGCACGGGCAAUCGCCAAUCAUAAACAACAAGCCGGCGCCAGAUCUUCCAGCCUCCUCUGCGUCGCUUUCCCCACGAUUCCAGCUGCAAGCAAGCCUGCAAGUUGCCCGUCAUUCUUUACAGUCUUCGCAGAGUUCUUCUCAAUCUCACGUUGUGUUAAUCCGUAUUCUCCGGCUCCCUUUUGAUCCAGUCUGCUUCUUCAAGUCGUUUGAGGUUGUCCAUACCCUCAGUUCUAGGCCAAUCUAGUAUCUCUCCUCUCCUGAACGAAGACGUACUGUCACCGCAAAUAUGUCUGUCAAAUUUGACAAUGUGAUCUCUCAUGCGAAGGAGAAGGUGAAGGAUAAAGUCAAGGAUGACUUGCACAGAGUUGGAGACAGGUUGACAGGAGGGAAGUCGACGACUGGAUACCUGGCGGCAUACCUGAAGCAGCUUCAAUCCAAUCCGCUGCGCACCAAAAUGCUUACCUCCGGUACUCUAUUUGCGCUUCAAGAAUUCCUGGCCUCGUGGAUCGCGCAUGACCGGAGCAAGCAUGGCCACUAUCUAAACUCCAGAAUACCAAAAAUGGCAUUGUACGGCUCGCUCAUCAGCGCCCCACUGGGCCAUAUCCUUAUCAGCAUCCUCCAAAGGCUGUUCGCCGGCCGCACCAGCUUGAAAGCUAAGAUCCUGCAGAUUCUCGUCAGCAACCUGAUCAUCUCUCCAAUCCAAAACUCCGUCUACCUCGCCUCUAUGGCGAUCAUCGCCGGUGCGCGAACAUUCCACCAAGUAAAGGCCACCGUGAAGUCGGGUUUCAUGCCCGUCAUGAAGGUCAGCUGGGUUACCUCCCCGCUGUCCCUGGCGUUUGCCCAGAAAUUCCUCCCAGAACAUACCUGGGUCCCCUUCUUCAAUGUCAUCGGCUUCAUCAUUGGUACAUAUAUCAAUGCCCAUACCAAGAAGAAGAGAUUGGAGGCAUUGAGACGUAAGCAUUACGGUUCUGGUAAAAGUGUAUCAGGCCGGUCUGAGGAUUACCCACCUCGCUCAUGAUUAAUUAAAUCAAGAAUUGAACUUCAGCUGCUGCCGCUACCGCAGCGGAAAGAGAACAAAAUAGAUCUCUCCAUCUAUAUCUCUAUUUAGGUCCUCGUGGAACAUUUCCCAUUUAUAACUUUUUGUUCCGUUUUCAUUUCCACCACUCUCGAUGCUGAAGUCUAUGAACCGUAGUCCCGCAGGGAUUGUGGAGGAUGUUUCUAUUUUUUCUUUUGUUCUUUCUUUUUUAUGCCUUUUCCUCUACCAUUUAUGUUUAGUUUGAACGAUUAGGUCGACCCCAGAUACUGGUACUCGUGAGCAUGUUUUAUCUUAUAUUGUUUUCUCUCAGAGAGGAAAGAGCAUGGAGAGUCCCCCCCCCCAAAACCACCCAUCCCCCCAAAGUUAAUGAAAUGAUAUAUACCAAAUGAUUUAUUCUUUAAAUUUCAGCCAGUAUAAUGUUUCCCUAUACGCGUGCACAUAUGCUUUUUUUUCCUGCGAAGAAUAUCUUGUCCGAUCUACUCAUUUAUUUAUCCCCUUCUUGUCACGGGCGUUAUCUUUUUGUUUUCAUCUCGAGGUUUUACACGCCCUGUCUCCGCUUGGGAAGACUGUAACCUAUCCAUCGCCCUUGUGUUGGUUAGGAUUCUAUUUUCGUUUGCAAUGGAUUUCCCGCAAUUAUUUUCUAUGGUACUUCCACCAGCCUUUUGGGAUGCUUCGAGAGAUAGUUUUGACAAUGGCAAUAUCGAGAGCUCCGCUCUGCCCUCUUUGCUUUUUCUUCCACAGAUUAGUGUUACCUCCCUAUUGUUUUCCUCUUUCGGGCUCUUUUUUUU